CGCCAUCACCAUCAGUAGCAGAAGAAUCUUUACCCUGUAUCGAGUCGAGUCGACUCACUCCUAUUCCCCGCGCCAAAGCACGCUUGGUCAAGGCCAAACUCGUGUGACCUCAAACGCGAUGCUGCCAAUGGAGCGGCGGCAAGACGAGUUCGCUGCGGCCAAGGAGAAGCAGCAGCAGCCGCCGCACUUCCUUAUCGUGACGUACCCGGCGCAGGGCCACAUCACCCCGGCGCGCCACCUCGCUCGCCGCCUUGUAUACGCGGCCGACGGCGGCGAGGCGCGCGUCACCAUAUGCAUGCCGGUCUCGGCCUUCCGGAAAAUGUUCCCCGAGGCCACCGCGGCGGGCGCGGACGGCGAGGAGAUGAUAGAGGACGAAGGCGGGAUCGCGUACGCCGCCUACUCCGACGGCUACGACGGCGGGUUCGACCGCGCCACCGACGACUACGCGCGCUACAUGUCGCAGGUCAGGCUGGAGGGCGCCCGCACGCUGUCCGGGCUUCUCCGGCGCCUCGGCGACCGGGGACGCCCUGUCACGUGCGCCGUGUACACGCUGCUGCUGCCGUGGGUGGCGGCCGUCGCGCGGGAGCACGGCGUGGCAACCGUCGCCGUGUUCUGGAUCCAGCCGGCCACCGCGCUCGCCGCAUACUACCACUACUUCCGUGGCAGCCGGGACGCCGUCGUGGCGGCCGCGGCGUCGCGCGACCCGACCGCCGAGGUGCGCAUCCCGGGCCUCCCGCCGCUCAUGUUCCGCGACCUGCCGUCCUUCCUCGCCGUUACCUCCGAUGACGACCCCUUUGCCUGCGCGAUAACGGAGUUCCGCGAGCUCAUCGACGCGCUGGAGCGCGACGGGGACUCCGGGAAGCCGCCGACUUACGUCCUCGCCAACACGUUCGACGCCAUGGAGCGGGACGCGCUGGCGUCCCUGAGGCCUCAUGUCGAAGUCAUCACCGUCGGACCCGUGCUCUCGUUCCUUCAUGGCGGCGACAACGGCGAGAGCCCCAACGACCUGUUCGAGCACGAUACAGCAGAGUACCUCCACUGGCUCGACACGAUGCCAGCCAAGUCGGUGGUGUACAUCUCGUUCGGGAGCACGUCGGUGAUGAGCAAGACGCAGGUCGCCGAGAUAGCGGUCGCCAUGAAGCAGGCCGACAAGCCGUUCCUCUGGGUUCUACGGAAAAACAACUGCAGGGAGCAGGGCGACGACGACGCGAUCAAGAAACUCCUGGCGGCGGCAACGGGCGGCGGCGGCGGCAAGGUGGUCGAGUGGUGCGACCAGGCGCGCGUGCUGUCGCACCCGUCAGUGGGCUGCUUCGUGACCCACUGCGGGUGGAACUCGACGCUGGAGAGCGUGGCGUGCGGCGUGCCCACGGUGGCGGUGCCGCAGUACUCGGACCAGGGGACGAACGCGUGGCUCGUGGAUCGGGUGCUGGGCGUCGGUGUCCGCGCGGCGGCGCGCUCGGAGGACGGUGUACUGGAGGCACGGGAGCUGACGAGGUGCGUGGAGGUCGCAAUGUCGGAGGCGGUGACGGCGCGCGCCGGGGACUGGAAGGAGAAGGCGAGGGCGGCCGUGGCCGACGGCGGAGCCUCGGACCGGAGCCUGAGGAAGUUCGUGAGGCGGAUCGCUAGUGGUAGCUGAAAUUGUUACUGCUGCUGCAUUUUAGUUUGUUCCGAUUUUACCAUACUACCAGUAUUUUGAGUGUAAAUGCUGCCGGAGAUUAUCGACAAGUAGUAAAUUUGUUUGUGCAAGGAGCUAACAAGUACACGAGCUAGGAACAACAAA